AUGCGACGGCGACGAAAGGCUGAGGAGGCCGGGACUGCGGUGCAGAUCGAACUAAUCGAGCCGAGGAGCACCCACCGCCGGUUUGUCCCGAAAGUGGCUGCGUACGAAGUUGUGCAACGCAGCGACGGCCAGUUCCGCGUGCUAGAACGACCGCAAUCCGCGGUGACAACUAGGGUCAAAGAACGAAAGGAGCCGUCCAUGCCGAGCCGGGCCGUGCAAGCCGUGCACAGACAGCGCGCCACGUGGGUCAAGCACCCCACCCUUGAAGCACUAGAACGCACCAAGACAGUUCCCGGGGGUCGAUGGGUCUCCGACGAAAGGGAAAGCGGGCGAAAAGUAGAGAUAAUCGCAACUGCACUCGAAGCAGCAUUGGUGAUGUGGAGAGAUGCAGCCGUCCAGGACAUAAAAGACACGUGCAGCUCGACAACUCGUCAAACCACUGCUCGCGUACUCAAGUUGAUGCAAUGUGCAGCUGUGGUGCGCCAGCGAUCUGUCGAUGUCGUCAACACCAUCACAGCGUGGCGUACAAUUGCUGGGGACACUUCAAAGGAGUUUCGAUGGCAAGGGCGCAACUACCUGGUUCAUAUGGCCAAUGACCUGGACGUCCUGGAGAGUGAAGCGAUGCUGGCCCAUGCACUCGGCAUCCCUUCGUUCAAACAUAACCCCCUUCUCUGCGCCAUCACGCUUUCGGACCCCCAGUGGCAGCGAUAUCGCGCCGACCCGUCGCCCGCGCGACUGGCGCAACUCCAAGCGACAAUGCAGCUGACCAACGAAGUCGACGGGGACAUGCUGCUGUCCUUUCUGACGACGAUGGUGGUUUCCGACUGGAUGGUGACAGCGACGCUGCAAUGCUAA